AUGCCUGUUAUACGUCUGACUGUCGCUUCGAACACGAAGCAGUCGGACAAAGCUCCAAUCGUUAUUCCGGCUUCUGCGUCGUCUGACCCUGCAGCUUCGUCAUCUAUUCGGACGCUAGUACUCAAGACCGCGCAAUCAAAGCUGCGCCUGAAGAAGCCGACCCGUGUCUUCGUUGGCCGUACAGGUCAAGAACUUCUAACCGAGAAAGACUGGAAGACCUGCAUGGGAAAUGACGUUGUUCUGCUUGUAUCCUCGGGCGAGGAAUAUGUGGGUGUUAAGAGGGAAUCAAACGUGCACGGAGAGGCGAAUCCCGACUGUCCAGUCGAAAUCCUAGCAUCUAAAGCGCCUGUAGAGUCGCUUUCGGUCACACAACUUACUACCACCGCCCAUACUCUUCCAGGUAUCGUACAUGCCGUCGGCCAACCUGACCUUCACCCAGGUACCAAGUUCCCCAUUGGUGCCGUCUUUGCAUCGAGAAAAUGGAUUCAUCCUCCUUUGAUUGGAAGCGAUAUCGGCUGUGGCAUGGCCUGGUACAAGACUACACUCUCUAGAAAGCAACUUGAUGGCGACAAGGGAAAGAAGGUUUCUGAGAAGCUUCGUGGACUUGAGGGAGUGUGGCGAACCCAAGCGUACCGACAACUUUGGCUUCUAGACGAACAACUGCGUGACUGCUCCGCAGGUGAACAGUGGGAUGUCGCGCUAGGCACCAUUGGUGCAGGCAACCAUUUCGCCGAGCUUCAGGUCGUCGAAGCUUCAUCACUCAAUGAUCUAGGAUACGGACUACACAACGACGAUGUCGUUCUUCUCGUCCACUCAGGAUCGCGAGGAUACGGGGGUAGUGUUCUCAAAAAGUACACAACAGAAACACGCACCAGUUUUGAGGAUGACAGCAUCGACGCGAUCGAGUACCUGAAAGAGCACGACAAAGCUUGCCAGUGGGCAAAGGCGAAUCGAGACCUAAUCGCUCUUCGAUUUCUCUCCUGUCUUGAACCAGGCAACGAGUGCUGGGGCCUGGGUAGCGCCAACGCUGCAGACUUUGGCGAAGAAGGUAGCAAGAUGAUUGGACUAGUGAAGAUGGCAUUGCAACAGCGCAAAGUCGUUGAUAUCUGGCACAACAAUAUUGAGCGUGUGCCCUGGCCUCCGACUCCACCUUCUCCGACCGAGCUGGAUGCUACAUCUCGUCUCUCCGAAGCGACGGACAAAUUGAAACUCCACGACGGAGUGUCUACACAGGAAUAUGUGUAUAUCCACCGAAAAGGCGCAGCACCGACUUAUAGUCCGGCGACUCAACUACCUCUCAACAUCCUCCCACUUCCUGGAUCACGAGGCACACCGACGCUUAUCCUUCAGCCCACGUUUUCGGCUUCUACGUCGUGGGGUCUGAAAAAUGGAUUGUCUAUUGCGCAUGGCGCAGGCCGAGUCAUGUCUCGCACCAAGGCUCUGUCAACUUUGGGUCAGAAGUACAGGGACCAAAACAUUCUUGAGCCACGAUGGUCGGACCCGGAAGGAACUUGGGUGAUCUGCGAUGAGAAAGAUGUCGUGUUUGAGGAGGCUCCGGACGCGUACAAGGACGUAGAGGCAGUCGGCCAAGAUCUAGCAGACGCCGGUGCAGCGAAUAUUGUUGGCUGGUGUCGGGCUAGAAUCAGCUACAAAGUUAGGAAUGAGACGCGUUGA